AUGGAUGAGAAAUACGACGUGGUUGUCCUUGGGACUGGUCUGAAGGAAUGUAUUCUAAGCGGGCUUAUGUCAGUAGAGGGAAGAAAGGUUCUACAUAUGGAUAGAAACAAGUACUAUGGUGGUGCCAGUACAUCGCUGUCUCCCCUGUCGGAAUUAUUCGACAAGUUUAAACUAAAGGCGAAAGAUAUUGAAAAAUAUGGUCGGGGAAGGGACUGGAACGUGGAUCUGAUCCCCAAGUUUCUUAUGGCCAAUGGUAAAUUGGUUGCAUUGCUCGUACACACUGGGGUCACGCGCUACUUGGAAUUCAAGAGCAUCGAUGGUAGCUAUGUGUUUCACAAAGGAAAGAUCCACAAAGUCCCAAGCAAUGAGACGGAGGCUAUCUCAACCAGUUUGCUCAGUUUCUUCGAAAAACGAAGGCUCGCGAGUAUGCUCAAAUGGGUUGUGAACGUUAACGAGUCUGAUCCGUCUUCUUACAACAGUGUGUAUUCCGGUUCCUUAAACAUCCACCGAGACAAUAUACAGCAUACUUUCACGAAGUUUGGUGUGGGUGACAGCACCCAGAACUUCGUCGGUCAUGCGCUAUGCCUCUACGCCGAUGAUUCUUACAAAACUCAGGUACCAGCCCUAGAGGUCAUUAAACGAAUGCAACUGUACGACCAGUCAGUUGCACGAUUCGGAAAGUCGCCUUACGUUUACCCUCUCUAUGGUUUGGGGGAGUUACCUCAAGCGUUCGCCCGUCUCAGCGCAGUUUACGGAGGUACAUACAUGCUGGACAAGCAAGUCGAGAACAUAGUUUACGAGAAUGGGAAAGUUGUCGGUGUCAAAGCCGAAGGCGAAAUUGCUCAAUGUGACGCAGUCAUAUGUGACCCUAGCUAUGCACCGGAUCGGGUAAAGAAAGUAGGCCAGGUGGUCCGGGCUAUUUGCAUACUUACGCAUCCAGUCCAAAAUCACAAGGACGUCUCUUCAAUGCAAAUUAUCAUUCCCCAGAGCGAAGUCGGUCGGCGAAACGAUAUUUACGUUUGUUGUGUGUCCAGUACGCAUAAUGUAUGCCCGAAAAACUUCUACAUCGCUCUGGUCGCAACCACGGUGGAGACUUCAAUGCCGGAACAGGAGCUUCAGCCAGGUCUGCGGUUACUAGAUCCAAUCGAACAAAUUUUCUAUUCGGUGGAUGAUCUUUUCGAACGUGUGGAUGAUGGGUCCACUAGUCGGGUAUUCAUCUCGAACAGCUAUGAUGCUUCAACCCACUUCGAAAGUACGUGCGAAGAUGUGCUGGCUCUUUAUCAAAAGAUAACUGGCCAUCCGUUUGAUUUCUCUAAGGUUACGAAGCGUCUGAAUGAAGAUGAUGAUAGUUGAGAAUCCUCAUCCGGAAGCUGGUUUCCAACCGGCCAAUCUCGGUGUCCGUCGUAUACUCCGCUGUGGCCCGCCUAUUCGGCCACAAUCCACAGACAUUCUACUUCUUUUAUGGGUGAUUUGUUCUGUGUAGCGAUAUUGUCCCGCCCGUGUUAACCUUUCUCCCGGAAGUUGGUCUAUAUCCAGUAGUUCGAUUAACUUCUUGCUGUUGUCUGACAUGUGCGUAACUGCAUUUCCACUGCACGAAUGUCCAACCUGCGCUAUUUUCGUGUUCUGUGACUUCCAAAACCUUUCGGUCGGAUGCCGUCCAUUUUUUGCCGUAAGUACAGCUUGGUUUAUUCCUGUUGUACCGGACGAUCUAACAAACAAACAACCAGCUGAUUCGUGAUUUCAUUUGUUUUUCUAAUCUUAUUACUCAUACUGUCCUUGCUAUGUUGCAUCAUUCCAAAUGGAACUGUUAUCCACA